GCCCAUGUUCAUUUAUUCACGUUGACAACUAAUAUGCGAGUGACCCAAGAUGACAACCAAAAGGCAAAGGUUUUUUCAGAAUAUUUGCUCAGAAUAGGAAACGGCACUGAACCUACGAUAGAAAACAACUUGAUUCGACUACCUGAUGAGAUAGUUAUUCCUCUACAAAAUAGUGAUGAUUCUAUUAAAUUACUUUUAGAUACCAUUUAUCCAAACUUAUCAGAAAAUGCUUCAAAUACAACCUUUGUUACGGAAAGAGCCAUAUUAACACCACUAAAUAGUAGUGUCGACGAAAUUAAUGAACAAAUAGUACAUAAAUUUCUGGUACAAAAACAUACAUAUUACAGCUUCGAUUCAGUACCAGAUGACAACUUGAAUCUGUACCCUAUUGAGUAUCUUAACUCUUUAAUACCUCAAGGGCUUCCACCACAUGAAUUAACUUUAAAAGUCGGUGUACCUAUUAUGUUGCUUAGGAAUUUAGAUCCGGUUAAUGGACUCUGUAACAGAACUAGGCUUAUUUGCCGCUGCCUACAACAGCACACAAUCGACACUGAAAUAGCGACAGGAGAACAUCAAGGCAAACGU